CGCAAAUGAAUUCAACACCCGUGCAGAAUAUAAAGUGCCUCUGUGCAGAUCCGGUUUAGUUCAACGAAUCUGCAGGACUUAACCGUUCAUCACGAUGAAGCUGCUUCUUUCUCUGACUCUCAUCUGGGCGCUCUCCACUACAGGUGCAGCACUUGUGUGUCAAACCUGCACAACUAGUGCCUGUACAGCCACAGUACCAAUGACUUGUUCCUCAGAGACGAUGUGUAUAACAGCCUCCAUUCAAGAGACUUCAGGUGGAACUCCAGUACAGCAAAUCUUCAAGGCGUGUGCAUCGUCCUCCCUGUGUCCAGCCAUCAGCUCUGAGGCAUUUUCAGUCAACCUGGGUGUUUCCAGUGGACUUGCAUCUGCUGCGUGCUGCAACACAGAUAACUGCAACUCAGCCAAUGUACCUUACCCUGGUGAUCCGGACGUGAACACCCUCCUGUGUUACUCCUGUGACCCCCUCACGUCUCAAUGCACCUCUUUGUUACAAUGUAAGGGAGCAGAGGAUCGCUGCAUUAAAGCCAGUGUAACAAAUGGGUCGACGACUACUCCGGCGUUUGGCUGCGCAACGAACAACAUGUGUGAAGCUGCUGCCAGCUCGGGACAACUACCUUUCUUCGAAAGCGUUGGUAACGUCACCGGAGCAGCCUGUUGCACGGACAGUUUAUGUAAUACUCUUACACCAACAACAACAACAUCUGCUGCCAGUGACACCUGUCGUAUCAGACUGACAAUGAUCCAUCUGCUGAUCGGACUCCUUGUCUUUACCCUCUAUUAGGGCCGAAGACUAAAAAUGGUCGAAGGACCUUUGAAGCCACCAGAAGACUCUGAGGACCUUGUCUGGUCUCGGGUUUACUCCCUCUAACCUUUAGUUGGCAGUUACAGAGGCGACAAUGGACUCAGAGGCUAAUCAUGAAAACACAACAAAUGAGAAACAGCUUUAAUUUACUUGGUACAUAUUCUCUGGGGAUUUCUUUUCAAACCUGUGUAUUUUUCAAAUGGACUGAAUGCCCUAAUAUUAUAUGACCUGUUAGAUUGUUUAGGAUAUUUAAUAAAACAAGAUACUUCAAUUGAAAAAAACAUAAGAGAAAGUCUAUAGGAGAAGAAAAACAGUCCUUAUAUUAAAGUAACAAAUGUGUUUUUUUAAUGAGUUAAGUGGACUUUUUUCAGGUUUUUCUUUCUUUUGAAAUUAUUAUUAUCAUCAUAUUGCCAGGGUUCAUCAGUACAGGCAAACAAUUUUAAUGAAGUUGCCUGCCAAAGACAGUAUUUUUACAUUCAGUCACAGCUAACGAGGCACAAAGGUUUAAAAGUUCUAUCAUUAUUAUUAUUAUAUAUAAAACAAUAUUUUUGCAUCAUGAAGUCCCCACAGAAAUGAUUUGUCAUUUGAGAUGACAAACAACACUUUCAGGUUCCUUUCUGCAAAAGCCAUUUUUAUUUAAUAAUAAAUUUUCUCUUUUCCUGGAAUAAACUAUGUCAUUCUU